UGAAGCGAAAGAUAUGAAUCCUGAUAGUGAUACGAUAUUAAAUAUAAAAUAUAAAAUAUCUGGGGAUAGAAAUCAUGGAUCGCAUACUCCUAUGUUUGAGGAUGAGUCUUCACAGAUGUUGACUUUUAAGAGUGCUCUUGUUUUACAAAGACCAGUGUUGGAACCUUGUUUGGCAGUUGGUUUUCUUCCCCUUCCUCCAUAAGGCCUUAGAGUCGGCCAGCUUUUUACUAUGAAGUGGCGAGUUGAAAGGUUGAAGUAUCUCGAGGACGAACAAUACGAUGAGGUAGUAUAUGAAAUAAACGCAAAUUCUGAAAACUGGAUGAUUGCUGGGAGGAAGCGAGGCCAUGCACCUCUCUCCACAAAGCAAGGUUCACGAAUAGAGAUUUCAAUCCUAUGCGUGCCAUUGGUUGCUGGGUACAUGCGGCCCCCACAACUGGAGUUACCGGACAUUGGUGAGGGUAAUAUUAGUUGCAACCCAGCUGGGCCCCACUUGGUCUGUGUUUCCCCUCCACCUCUCAGCUCCUCCUUCUGUAUUCCCAUUCCCAUUCCUGCCUAGAGAUGAAAUCGUGACUUUUGUAGGUGCUUUGGUGU